CUCUCACUCACUGCUCGCAGUUACGGUACACACAGAACUUUUCAUCCUCGGCUUCGUCCCCUCUCUACCCUGGCUAAACCUAAACGCGACCUGCCACCACGACACCUGACCACUUGCGAGUACAUAUCUAAGGACGAGCACGAAGCUUUACUAGCAACUGUUCACACCAAUGCGGAUCAUACCAACGCGUCCAUUCUUUCAUCAUCAUGAAGUCGAGGCGGCCACCAUCACGAUGGUAAUUCAACAUGACCUUCGUGCUUCCGAUGUCUACAAGCUGGACCUGAGGCACAGGGGUAAAACCGAAAGGAAGACUCUGGAAUUCAACGGUACCAAGCUCGAGCUCUUCAAUGACGACGCAGCAUUAAAGGAGUACAAGACCCUGAACUCAAUCAUCGAUCCCCUCUCGACGUAUUUCUCAAUUCUAAUCAUGCACGCUCAGCCUUCUGGAAAAUCGGCACUGCUUGGCAUUCAGGUCUUUUGUUUCACAGCUCAUCUUUCGAGGAUUGCGUCUGAAUACGAAUGGCACGCAGUGGUCUCGUACCACAUGGCUUUCUUCACCAAGCGCUGUAGGGAGGUGAUGGACGGAGACUAUGCUGGGUGGGGCAAGAUCGACUUGGAGUUCCGAGGUGAGCACCUCUUUCCCUACCGUAAGGCGAAGGCAACCACCUCCCCCAUGGCAGGGAAGGGCUUGCUAGGUACUGACCGGACGGCUCCUUGUCGUAACUCCAACUUGGGCAGAUGCAUUGGAAAGAAGUGUCCAUGGAGUCAUCCCCAUAGCUGCACCACCUGCAACAAAACUGAUCAUGGUGCCUACAACCACCCAAGGACUGCUUAGGUUGGUGGAAGGGCGAGCUACUCUUCACCACCUUCUCGCCCGGACACACUUUCUGGUGAAGCCAAAUCUCAUCCUUCAGGCACCUUUAUUUCGGACGUAUCCCCUCUCCCAUUUCAUAAAAAUUUCCCACCACUCUCACCACCUCUCACUCGCCCUAAUACCGAUCCUCGGGCUAAUAUGCUCCCUCCCGCCUCGCUGCUCCUGCCAACCGUCUCCUCCUCUCUUUACGCUGAUGCGUGGUCCCAUUACUUAUGGGACUAUCCCUCCCGCC